CAAAGACAUCCGAUGUACUGAAGAAGCUAUUAAGAAGCGAUGUUCGAUUUUCUUGGAACGAUUGAAUAUGCAACUUAUUCCAAUUGAAGAAGAUAUUGCAGAUAUCCAUGAUGAUUUGAAAAAUAAUAAAGGUUUAAAAGAUUAUAAUGAUACCGUCGAAGGAGAGACUCAACAACCUUAUUCCAAAUCUGAAGAUGCUAGUUUAUUUGAUUGA